CUUAUUUUAUCUUAAGGUUUUAUUGAAAUGGAAUAUUAUGUACAGUUUAACAAAGAAUGUAAAUAGUGAAAAAAUGACAUUGUCUGGUAACAAAAAUACUUAUGGAAGUCAUGGAACAUUGGAUUCGAGUAAUGUUUUCACACAGGAAAACUACACAAAGAAGGUGUCAGAUGUGGCAAGUGAACGUGAUGUUUUGGAAAGUUAUGAUAAUAUAGUUGAUGGUGUUAGAUUUAGGCGACAACGUUCUCGGUCUUUCAGAAAACCAUCACGAAGACGAUUAGUUGAAAAGAAUGGCAAGCGUAAUGUGAGAUCAAAAGUGUUUCCUAGAGAUCGUUAUUUGCAAGAUAUUUUCACGACUAUAAUUGAUGCUAAAUGGAAGUGGAUGAUUGUGCUGUUUGUAGUAUUUUAUCUAGGUUCAUGGUUACUCUUUGGAUUUUUUUGGUGGAUUGUUAUGAUAACUCAUGGUACAAAAUGUUUUGAUAAUGUGACAAAUUUCACUGAAGCAUUCUUAUUGUCCUUGGAGACAUCAAUGACAAUUGGUUAUGGAGGAAGACAGGUUACAAGCAAGUGCCCUGAAACUGUGAUUUUACUGAUCAUUCAGUCACUUGCCAGUUGCAUCAUUGAAGCAUGCAUAAUUGGUUUGAUAUUCACCAAAGUGGCUCGACCAGGAAAAAGACAGUCUACUAUUGUGUUUUCAAAAAAUGCUGUUAUCACGAAGCGAGAUGAUAAGUUUUGCUUAAUGUUCAACAUUGCAGAUGUGAGAAAGAAGCAACUUGGCGAGUGCCAUGUACGCUUACAUCUGUUUAGAACAUACAAGACCCUUGAGGGUACUAUAAUACAAAAUCAACAGAAUCAAUUGAGAGUGGGAAUGGAUUGGUAUAACAUUCGUGACGACAGUGAUCGCCUUUUUUUAUUAUUUCCUUGUGCAGUAACCCAUGUUAUUGAUAGAAAGAGUCCAUUUUAUAAUGUCUCCAAAGAAAUGUAUGAAAACUCAGACUGGGAAUUGGUUGUUAUUUUGGAAGGUGUUGUUGAAGCUACUGGGUGUGUCUUGCAGGCCCGUACUUCAUACUUGCCAAAUGAGGUUUAUUGGGGAAGAGAUUUAGUGAACUUGGCAACAUACGAUGAUUGGCAUGAGGAUCAAGGCAUUUUGUAUAUGUUAAGAAAGCUUAACGAAACAGUACCUGCGCCAUAUGUUCCGAUUUGCAGUCCUCUGAGUUACUAUAAAAGCAUCUCUAAAUAUCCUGAUCCUGAUGAGGUCUAUACUACGCAAGAUGAAUUGUGGGACGAUCAGAACUUUACGGAGCCUGGUGAUGAACCACGUGUGUUGCCAACCCAUGUAAAGCUGACUGAAAGUGAAAACAACGUCAUAAUAUAGUCAAAUAUUUUAAUUAACAUAGAUUGCAUAUUUUUAUGUUGUUUUUUGUGAAUAAUAGACUUUUUUUAAUUGAACUGUUUUGUAUAAAGAAGCACUGUAUUUGGCAAAAUAUUGUUGAUAUUCAUUAUCUGAAUGUUAUACAGAAUAUUGUCACUGAGAAUAUUAUAUAAUAUAAAAUUAAUUACUUAAUAACUACUUCGUGUUAAGCCAUCCAUAUUUGAAAGUUCAUCCAUCUUUAUUUUUAAACUUCAAAUAAUCUGGGAACCUUUGAUACAUGGAUAAUUUGCAGGAAAUUGAGAUUCUUACCUUAUUUUCCCGCAACUUUACAUUUCAUGGAAGUAGGAGAACUUGUAUGUCAUUAAGUAGUUUUUGACUUUUUGCCUUGCACUUUGCUUUAUUCAUUGCAGAUUGAUUUUUAUCUUUGUUAAUGACCAAACUCUGCCUUCAUCCUGCAAGAGGAAAAUUAUAACUUCCAAAAUCUCUAAAUGAGCACUUGGUGAUGAACAAUAAUUCAAAUAUAGAUGGCUUUAUAGUUAACUUUAUUUUUGUAACUUAUUUUCAUGAGUUUUGAUUGAAGAUGCAA